AUGACGCUGGACGAGGUGGACCUUCAGCUGCUGACACGCUGUCUGCAGGAGGCGCGCGACGUGGCCGAGCCGGACAGCCCUGGGUGUGGGACGUGCUCUUCACGGAGGAUCAUGUCGGAGGUGCAGGACGAGAUCGCCCUGGACGCCACCAGCGCCGACCCCACGCCCCAGCCUAGCGCUACUGGCCUGAACAAAAAGUCUUCAACGAGCACCAAGUCCGGCUCACGAACCGAGCAGCAGCAGCAGCAGCAGCAGCAGCAGCAGCAGCAGCAGCAGCAGCAACCGCCGCCGCCGGCCGCUGAGCUGAGGAAGAGGUCGUCGACGGGUGCCGGGUCGGCCUCAAAGACACAGGCUGCUGCUCCUGCUGAGCCGCACUGGAGCUGGACGUUCCCGUAG